UAACGCAUUGCAGGAAGAGCAGCAGUCCAAGUAUCUUGAUCGAGAUCAAUCUUUUCAUCUGAUCCCGCUUUCACCAAGCCCUUGUCAUUCAACCAUAUUCCGCGAAGUAACCCAUUGAGAAAUACCAUCUUCAUAAAUCACAACACGUCGAGUCACAUUCACCUUUGUCUUCGUAUCUCAAUAGUCAAUCAACCCUUUAACACUGCAACCACAUGAUAAGGACGGAAGAGUGGACAAACCUUCAUGGUCAAUAUUGCAUCUGAUCCUUACUCCUUUGACGACAUUCUCUUCUCUCAAUCGCUUUAUGAAGGAACCAGAUAUUGGCAUUACAAAGAGAGAUUACAUCUCAGCAACUUUCCGAGAGAUCCAAUACACAACACAGCCUCGAAGCUAGAAAUCCAUACGAAAAUCCGCCAUUCGACACACAAAAAUAAUCCUUCGUCAUAGGUGGAUAGGGCAUCUUAUCGUAGGAAAUUGGAAAAACUCCCACUAACAUUUCUGGACACAAAGAUCCAGAGGCAGCCUGCUGUAUGACGACUGAGUUGUCGGAAAUCUUUGCGGAGUUGGGCAUCUCUCAUUACCUCCUCAACUUCGUCGAGCAGGGGUUUGAUACAUGGGAUACAAUACUCGACAUCACGGAAUCCGACUUCGAUGCUCUCGGUGUGAAACUCGGCCAUCGUCGGAGACUCCAGAGGAAGAUCGCUCAUUCAAGGGGUCUAUCAUCGGAUAGGGCUCUUGCAUCUCCGACUAGCACAACACCCGAUACUCAUGGAGAUGAGCCGAAAGCAGUAGGGAGAGACGCUAAGGAGGGGAGUAGUGGGCCGCAUGGAGCAAAGAGAAAGUAUAGGAGACAUCCCAAACCAGAUGAGAGUGCACCAGAGCGGCCUCCUUCGGCAUACGUCAUCUUUUCAAACAAAAUGCGCGAAGAUUUGAAAGGACGUGCCUUGUCGUUCACUGAAAUCGCCAAGUUGGUCGGCGAAAAUUGGCAGAAUUUAUCGCCAAGCGAGAAGGAACCAUAUGAGCACCAGGCAUACACAGCAAAGGAGCGUUACAACAAUGAAUUGGCCGAAUACAAGAAGACACAAAAUUUCAAAGACUAUUCGCAAUACCUCGCCGACUUUAAACAAAAGCAAAACCAACAACUAGCGACUGAGAUGGAUGUUUCGAAAAGACCCAAACUCGAAGCCCAUGCGAGUACAGCAAGCAGCGGAACAGCAAGCAGUGGCGGUAGUCAAACUGGUGUGGAUUCUUCUAUGGGUCGUAUGCGUGUAGAUUCCUCUGCAUCUUCGAUGUCUCAAUGGCGUCCAUCAACCUCACCCUCCUCCGCUGCGUUGACGCCAGUAUCCAACAUGUCAGCCGUGCAAAACAAUCCAAAAGUGUCAGGGCUACAGGGAAGGAUGGGUCCAGGAUCACCAAUUGAGAUGCCAACAGUCCUUCCUGGUUAUCGUGAGUCCAUGUUGGGGUCAGGUGCGCACCAUUGGCGAGAAGAUCAUCGCGAUGAAGGCACCAAUGGAAAACAAACAUCACACGGAGCCGCUGGCGAAAGGCGCUUCAGUCAAUCAAGUCCUAUCACUUCCGCCCUACAAGAUCCGCAUUCGAUCAUGAACGACUCAAAACAGCAUCGUCGCAAUCUUCAAAGUAAUCUGAAUCCUACGCCACCAUCACUAACCUCGGAAUCAACGGUACAGUCUACUAGUUCCACAAACAGUAAUUCUUCCAUGUAUGGUGGACCUCGGACACCUUUAGAACCAGACUUCAAUCGGGCUCUUCCGAUUCCCACAUUAUAUCCUUCAAGAUCCGGAAACUACGAAGGACAUUUGCCAUUUUUAUCGGCGCCUCCAACUCUAUCGACCCAAAACUCGCUACUUGGUAGUCAGCAAUCACCGAAAGUAGUCAAUCAACCGCAGGAUUUUCCUACCACAAUGCCGCCUAUGCGAAGAUAUAGUGAAAUUCCCCAAAGUAUCUCGAACGCUAUGGGUAGUACUAUUGGCCGAUCCGACGUAGCGAGACCCGAAAAACGGUCCAUUGAUAAUCCGCCACCUCAGCCAAUCAAUAAUUACGGUUUGGCCGGGGAAGAGGUCGACCUUGAUCCUAUCAACGCUUUAUUGAGAGCAGGAGAAAUAGUGAAUCGUAACAGCCGUGAGAGGCAACUUUGAUCGUUGAUAAAUCUUCAAAUCUCUCAAAUGGCUUGAAGCUUUUGGUAGAUGUGGAGACUGAAAACGGAUAUGUUUGCAUGAAAUUUUUCUCGGGAGUCUUUUUUGGCGUACGGGAUCUGGGUUUUGAAUGGAGCCUGGAGUCGUUGGGACAUGGAGGAUACACAAGAAUGUGUUUUUCUCAAAAGGUCUUUUAUGACAUACCUGUCCUUGUUACUAGACAUGAGACUGUAUUGUAUGAUUUCAAAUAUGAUUUUAAAGGUAAACUGGAUUGAUGGUCGAAUAUGGAUGGAUUCCCGAAAAGAACUUUCAGGGCACUUGGUAACGAGGAGAUGAUUGUCGGAUUUUGGAUAUAUAUUUUUACUCUUUGGUUGUAAGCGAAAAUAUUCUAUAUCUAGGUGCUGAUCGAUGUACAUAGGACAUUGGAGCGAUGGACUGAAGGAAAAGGAUACUUUAGGGCCAAGUUGAGAGAGAGAGAGAGAGAGAUCGGAAGCGAAGCCGUUUCUUAAUGAUCAUUACAUUAGAUGCGGGAGAUCUUCUGCAAUACUAUGCAUAUUGUUUUAUUAUACCGUGUUUUUUUUGGAAUUCAAUACCCUUAUGAUAUUCAAUUUUAUAUUUUUUUUCCAAGCUUGCUUAUUGAGAGAGUAUACAAAAAAGGGCUGUGAAAUUUUGAGGUGGAUGAAUUAUUCUUUUAGUUGGUAGGUAGAAAUUUGAAGGUCGAUAUAUGUGUAAUAUACAGAGAUACGUAUAUUCGAAUCAAUUAUUAUUAUUAU